GAACUCAUGAAACAUAUUAUGUGAAAGCGGAAAUGAGGAAAAGUAUCGGUUGGUAUCAAACUAACAGUCCCAGACCUAGUUGGUUGAGUCACAAUCUCUUUCCAGGUCACAAUAUAAAUUCCCUCUACACGAGGAAAAAUCAAAUGGAAAUUUUAACAAUUAUUCUCAAAUCGAAAAAAUUAGCUCACAAUUAUUUAAACAAAUAUCAUUUACAACGUGGACAUUUGGCUGCGAAAUCUGAUUUUGUUUAUUCAAUUGAACAAAAUUCCACAUUCACAUUAGCGAACGCUGCGCCACAAUGGUCAUCAUUUAAUUCUGGUAAUUGGAAAUAUAUUGAAACUGCAAUUCAAAAAUUUGUCAUUAGUAAUAAUUUGAGUGUGUACAUUUACACUGGUGUUCAUGGACAAAUGACACUUUGUGAUAAAAAUCGCAAUAAACAGCCAAUAUACUUGAGUACAGUUUAA